AAGUGUGUACCUAUAUACACCGGGGCCCUGUUCAGUCGGUAUACUUUAUUCAACACUGUGUGUGGAGCACACCUUGAAAAUAGUUCUGUGAGUUUAAUUCAAGUGUUGUAAUCACAGUUUGUACGACUCAAGAUAGUUAUCUCGACCAAUCUAGACAACAAUAAUUAUUAUACUGCAGUCUGGAACAGUGAACACUAAUUUCCGCACUAAUCGGUAAUCAGUUGUUGUUUUUUUUACCUACUGUGCUCACAUGUGUUAUUGUAAAAUAGUAAGUGUUGUAAACGCUAACGAACUAGAAGACACAGGUGAAAUAGUAAAUUGUCAUAUUUUUAUUUUACUUACUAACAAAAAAUAUUGUCUGUCCAAUGGACUGACUAUUAUUGUUAAUAAUUGGUAAUUUAUUUUUUAAUUUAAAAAAUUUUAUCUACACAAAACAACAUUGCGGUUUUUAACUGUCUAAAAAAUGCGGUUAAAUUAAAUUCAAACAUGUCAGAAAAAGUGGAAAUCGAAUUAAAACCCGUCGAAUGGACGGACGAGUGCCCAAAAUAAACUUCAUAGUUGAAUUUUUCACCACUAGAGUGCGCUAAGAAAAUUGGCAAUUGUACUUACAAACAUUGUUUCAAAUAACUUUAACUGCCUGUCCUAAAAAAUUGCAUUUUAUGGAGGUGCUAUCGUUCAGUGAACUGGUCCGCGAAAAAGAAGGUACCGGAGGUCAUAAUGGCGUCAAAUUGGGAUGGAUAGAAGGUGUAUUGAACCCGUGCAUCCUGAGCAUGUGGGGUGUCAUGCUAUUUUUGCAGCUGCCUUGGAUUGUCGGCCAAGCCGGCAUACGGGAUUUCAUAGGAAUAAUUUUGAUUUCGCUCAUAAUCAUUGUCAUCACUACAUUCUCACUGUCUGCCAUCAGCACUAACGGCCGGAUCAAAGGAGGCGGGCUCUAUUUUUUAAUUUCCAGAUCGAUAGGUCCAGAACUGGGAGCGUCGUUGGGAAUUUUAUUCGCAUUGGCCAACACGAUUUUGGCAGCUCUGAACACGUUCGGUUUUUGCCUGUCCCUCAAGUCGUUACUAAUGUUAUACGACGUUCGUCUGCUGGAUUCCGAAUACGCCGUCAUAUCCGUGGGAAUCGCCACUAUAGCAAUUAUGGGUAUCAUAUGCUGCAUGGGUAUGGACGACGAAGCUAAAGUUCAAAACUUGUUAAUCGCUUUCGUAGUAGCUGCAAUUGUCGACGUCGUUCUAGGCUCAGCCUUGGGACCGAGAGACGACCGGGCAAGAGCAUCCGGUUUCACUGGGUUUAACUCCAAUACUUAUGCUGAGAACUGGCAUUCCGACUACAGACCUGUCGACAAUGUGCAGCAAACGUUUUUCACUAUUUUUGCCAUUUACUUCCCCUCGGUCGCUGGUAUUCAAGCCGGCGCCAACAUAUCCGGCGAUCUCCAGGAUCCAGGUGCUUCCAUACCCAAAGGGACUCUCUGGUCGAUAUUCAUAGCUAUAACGUCAUACGUCGCACUAACAGUUGUGACAGGCUCCGUACACUUAAGAGAAGCCAGCGGUAUUGUCGGCGAACUCCAAGAUGGAUCUUAUUUGAACUGUUCAAGCAGGCAUUGUGAACACGGAUUGUACAAUGACGAUAAAUUGAUGCAGUCGAUAUCCGUGUGGCCGAUUAUUAUUUAUUUCGGUUGUUUUGCGGCCACCAUUAGCUCUGCUCUGACCGCAUUAAUUGCCGUGCCUAAAAUAUUACAGAAAAUGGGCCAGGACAAAGUGUAUCCGUUCCUGAAAUACCUGACCAAAGGCUAUGGCAAAACAAACGAACCUUACCGCGCUCAUUGUCUGUCAGUUAUAAUAGCGUCCACCUUUAUUGUCAUAGGUGAUCUCAACGUUCUCGCCUCAUUUUCAACGAAUAUUUACUUAUGCACUUACGCAUUGUUGAACAUUUGCACCUUUCAUGUUGCUUAUUAUAAACCUCUAGGAUGGAGACCAUCGUAUAAGUUUUACAAUAAAUGGUUAAGUCUUUUUGGCGCUAUGACUUGUUUCGUAGUCAUGAUAUACAUUGACAUAGCAACAUUUGUCAUCAUCGUUUGUUCCAUGUUUAUAUUAUAUGCAAUCGCAGGCCGGAAAAAAUACGAUCACAAUUGGGGCUCGUCGAUGCAAUACAGACAAUACAAAAAUGUACUGAACAACAUGUAUCGGAUCAACUCUUAUUGUUACCACGUUAAAAACUACACGCCAAACGUGUUGGUACUUUGUGGCAAUCCAAAAGCGAGGAAAAACCUCGUGUCCUUAGCUCAUUUACUCACUAAAGACAACGGUCUACUCGUGUGUAUGAAUGUGAAAAAGGAUCACCUGGCACCGGAACAGAGACAAACCAUUUUGGACACGGGAAUCGGUCGAUUCAAAAAGAAAGGUAUCAAAUGCCUGUACAACGUUUUGGACCAGAUCGACCUGGACACAGCUGUCCGAAUGAUGUACUUGUGCGGUCACGGGCAAUUGAAACCUAAUAUCGUGUUAUUCGGCUACAAAUCCGAUUGGAUGAGCUGUCCGGAGCCACAACUCCAAACUUAUUUCAACAUACUCAACGUGGCCAAAAAUAAUCAAAUCGCUUCCAUUAUUGUUCGCUUGUCGCCGGCGAAGGAAAACGUACAUGAAAUCUCAAUGUCAAAAAAUUAUGUCCAACAACAGAAGGACUAUGAAACAUGUCAGACCGACAGUCUGCUGGAAAUCUCUUCGGAAACGAAAAAUACAGAUGCAAAGGGAACCGAUUGUUCGGUGAGAAUAAUAGAAAACAAAGGGUUUUCGUUCAAAACAAAAAAAUAUGAAGGAGUGGUAGACGUUUGGUGGCUGUACGACGACGGAGGUUUGGCGCUUGUCAUUGCUCACAUGUUAAAGAAGAGCACAGCUUGGAAAAAUUGUAAAUUUCGUAUAUUUGGUGUUACCAAGGCCGAAGAGAACAUAUCUACGGAAAGAAACAAAUUGAUUCGUUUGUUGUCGAUGUAUCGCAUUGAUUUCGAUAUAGUGGAAAUACUUUUAGUGAACCACGUGAAUUCAAAAACAAUGGAACGUUUAACUCCUGUUCUAAACCAUUCAUUGAGGAAAGUAGCUGGACGUCAGUGUAGCGAACAAAUAAAUAAUAAUAAGAACAGAGACACGUUUGUUCGGUCAUUGUUUUUAAGAGAUUUAAUCGAACUCAAUUCAAAGCAGUCGUCUUUGGCAAUCGUAUCAAUGGCAAAGCCACUCGGAGAUUUCAACAAAAUUCACAUGUGCGUUUUGGACACGAUAACCAAAGGAUUGACUUCGUGUAUAAUAAUUAUUGGCAAUACAAUUCAAGCUAUUACCGCUGAAGCUUAAUUUUGGUAUUUCGCAAUUAUUUUUCUAUGGACUAUGCGGCUAUUGUGUAAUAUGUGUAUCUAGGAGUAUUUAUUAUUAUUCAACAAGUUAUUUAUUAAGUUAAUGAUUUUUUUAAUAAAUAUAUAAACAUAA